GUAUAGCCUGUAUGGCUUUUGUGCCAAUAAAAGUUAACCAACCAACCAACCACUUGCCGAUAUCAAUCACUAACACCAAAAAUCAUAUUUUUCUUUAAGAACAAAUCGUUUUUUUAAAACUUAAAACGUAUAUAAUCUCUAGAUAAUAAAAAAAACUUUAUGUUGCUCUCUGUUACCAUUAAUUUUUAUACUUCAGAACGUAUCAAACGCAUACUACUUAUGAGUUUCAUUGAGAGACUACUGCAAAACUCCCUAAAUCGCAUAGACAAUUGGUCCAAGAUCAAUGGUUUUACUUUUAAUACAGAGAAGACCUCAUGCAUCCACUUUUGCCGAAGGCGUGGUAUGCACCUGGAUCCGGAAAUUCACCUAAACGGGGAUAAAAUCCCAAUGGUGAAUGAAACUAAGUUUUUGGGUGUUUCUUUCGACAAAAAACUGACAUUUCUGCCACACUUACGCAACAUGAAGAGUAGAUGUUUAAAAUCUUUAAACCUUUUAAAUGUUGACCUUAGCUUAAAGCAAUUUCCAAAGGAAUCCACCCCAGACUAUGUCUACAGGCAGCACUUUGCAGAAAUUCAACACCGUGACAGGAAUUUAAUUUUUAUUUACACAGAUGGAUCUAAAUCUGAUGAUUACGUUGGCUCAGCCUUUAUCUGCCAGGAUGAAAUCAUGGCAGAACAAAUUGCAUUGAAUUCUUCCAUCUUUUCUGCAGAGUUGUAUGCUAUUUAUUUAGCUUUAAAGUAUAUAAAUAGGAAAGGUCAUCGUUUCUGCGUUAUUUACACUGACUUAGUUAGUGCACUUCAGGCUUUGAUUUCACGUGAACCUUGUUCUCACUCUAUAGUGAUUAAAAUUUGCAAAUUGUUUUGCCAUCUUCCUGCGAGUAAUUUCUUUGUAAAAUUUUGUUGGGUCCAUGUAGGUAUAAAAGGGAAUGAAGAAGCUGACGCAGCUGCAAAGUCAGCUAGUCCUUUACAGCAUAUAAUGCGUAUUGACAGAGAUGAUUUGAAGCUAGUAGUUAAAAAACGACUAGCAGAGAGAUGGCAAAACGUGUGGAAUGCACAAGUCCACAAUAAACUACAUGUGAUCAAACCAAUUAUAGAAAAUUGGACACAUAAUAAACAGUAUGACAGGAGAUCUGAAGUAAUUCUUACUCGUUUGAGAAUUGGGCAUAUUCGGUUGACUCAUCAAUACCUUUUGAAGGGUGAAGGCCAGCCAGUAUGCGAGUAUUGCAACUGCUUUCUAAGUGUAAAACACAUGCUUUGCAACUGCACAGCUUAUGAUCAAAGUCAUAGACAGCAUUUUGGAAAUGCAAGUUUGAGAGAGAUUUUGGGCCAGAGGCCAAAUCUUGACAAAUUAUUGAACUUUUUGAAAGUGAAUAAUAUUUAUAAACAUAUUUAAUUAUUUAUCUA